AUAGUCCAAACGGGAGGCGCUAGGGUUUGUUGCCUCGCAACAACAUUGUUGUGUGCUACUCGUGGAUGUGUUGGAAGACCCAUGUUGGUCAUGGCUGGGACAAGCUUGUUAGAGAAUAUCGAUAUUGGCGCACUGAGCCAAGAACAGCAAGAAAAACUCCGGCAGUUCAAGAUACAGACGAGAAUCGCGAAUGAGAAAUAUUUGAGAGCACACCCAGAGGUGGAAGUCUUGCUGAGUCACUUUUUGCGGGAUGUAUUUUUGAAAAGACCUGCGGACAUUCGCGAGUUUGCCGCAGAACAUUUCACAGACCCAGAUUUUCCUCAGAAAAUUCAGUCUGAACUGCAGCACGAUGACAAAUGAAACAUUUAAAUAAAGUAUUUAAAAUAUCUUGAA